UUUGUUAUUGUUGUAAAGAUAAUAUAUUUAAACAGGUUAUUUCUAAAUCAAUCCUGCCAAAAUAAAAUCUCUAAUAAUUUUAGACAAUGGAGAAAUUUAGACGGAGAACAACAAAAAUAUCUGAUACAAAUAAGUCCACCUGCGGACCUUAUACCAGAAAUAAUAAGAAGUAUUGUGAUAGCACAAAAUAUAACAAAUGCUGGCAUUAUGUUUGAUGAUACAUUUGUAAUGGAUCAUAAGUAUAAAUCGUUACUACAAAAUAUUCCGACUAGGCAUAUUAUAGCUGCUAUCGAUGACACUACCAGCAUUAAACUACACUUGACUAGAUUUCGUGAUGUGGACAUAGUCAACUUUUUUGUACUGGGAAAAUUAUCAAUCAUUAAAUCUGUUUUGGACCACGCGAAUUCCAAUAAAUUAUUUGGUCGAAAAUAUGCAUGGCAUGUAAUCACACAGUCGUGGAAGGCAAGUCUUAAUUCACCGAUUAUUGUUAAAGAUGCCGCAAAUAUGACACAUUUUUCCGCCGUCACUGUAUACAGAGUAGUCACUGUGUUGCAAAAUCCAUUUAUGAUACAAAUUGAUGACGAAGAUGGUAAAGGUGUAAAAUUUAAAGGUUAUUGUAUUGAUUUAAUCGAAGAAAUCAGAAAAUUGAUAGGUUUUGAAUACGAAAUUUAUAUAGCCCCAGACAACAAUUUUGGUAAUAUGGACGAAAAUGGACAGUGGAACGGAAUGGUUAAAGAACUUGUCGAAAAGAGAGCUGAUAUUGCAUUGGGUUCUCUAUCAGUUAUGGCUGAGAGAGAAAAUGUUGUGGAUUUUACGGUCCCUUAUUAUGACUUAGUCGGAAUAACAAUUUUAAUGAAAAAACCACAAACUCCAACUUCGUUGUUUAAAUUUCUUACAGUUUUAGAAAACGAUGUAUGGAUGUGUAUACUUGGAGCUUACUUUUUCACCAGUUUUUUGAUGUGGGUAUUUGAUCGCUGGAGCCCAUACAGUUACCAAAAUAACAGAAAUAAAUAUAAAGAUGACGAAGAAAAAAGAGAAUUCAACUUAAAAGAAUGUUUAUGGUUUUGUAUGACUUCUUUGACUCCACAGGGYGGAGGUGAAGCACCCAAAAAUCUUUCUGGUAGACUGGUUGCUGCUACAUGGUGGCUUUUCGGAUUUAUAAUUAUAGCAUCUUAUACUGCUAAUUUAGCAGCUUUUUUAACGGUUUCACGAUUGGAUACUCCUGUAGAAUCAUUGGACGAUUUGUCUAAACAAUAUAAAAUACAAUACGCUCCACUGAAUGGAUCAUCAGCAAUGACUUAUUUUCAAAGAAUGGCUGACAUUGAAACACGAUUUUAUGAAAUAUGGAAAGAUAUGAGUUUAAAUGACAGCCUAAGUGAAGUAGAGCGAGCAAAAUUGGCUGUUUGGGAUUAUCCAGUAAGUGACAAGUACACAAAAAUGUGGCAAGCAAUGAAAGAAGCUAAACUACCGAACUCUUUAGAAGAGGCCAUUGAAAGAGUUCAAAGUUCUAAAUCAUCUAGUGAAGGAUUCGCUUACUUGGGAGACGCCACAGAUAUUAGAUAUCAAGUGAUGAUCGAUUGCCAUUUACAAAUGGUYGGCGAUGAGUUCUCUAGAAAACCAUAUGCUAUUGCUGUUCAACAAGGUUCUCCGUUAAAAGAUCAAUUCAAUAACGCAAUUUUAUUAUUACUUAAUAAACGGAAAUUAGAAAAAUUGAAAGAGACGUGGUGGAAUUUGAACCCAGAAAGAAUACAAUGUGAAAAACAAGAUAAUCAAUCUGAUGGCAUCAGUAUCCAUAACAUAGGUGGAGUUUUUAUUGUUAUAUUUGUUGGAAUUGGAUUAGCUUGUUUCACGUUAGCAUUUGAAUAUUGGUGGUAUAAAUAUAAAAAAGGCUCAAAAGUUGCAAACACGAUGAAUCCAAAACAAAUGUCAAUAAAUAGAGGUGGUGAAUUUACAUAUCCAGUGGUACCGACGUUUAAUGCGAAUUCUGGAAUGAGAUCAAGAAGUAUUAUUCAUGGUUUUAGACAAUCUGUUGGUCAAUCUUCACCUAAACAAAAAUAA